AUGGACGACAAAUUCAUGUUUUUCAACGCCUUGCACAAGCGCCAACAGAACCCAAAGCUCCACGCCCUAGCAAUCGGCAGCUACAUUAGGAACAGAAAGGAGGAGCGAGCAGACAUGGGUGUACCUGGUGGGUUCAAAUAUUUCUCUCAACACUGCUUUGUUAGAGGCAUGCAAACCGAUAUGCUUGGUCGCACUAUUGCGGUCGUGCUACCAGUGACCAGGGCAAUCUUGCAGGCAGCGGAGCCUUUGGCGGAUAUCUUGGACUACGACUCGGAAUGCAGUCUUAGCAGCGCUGCUAUUGGAACACUGAGUAUUCAUAGUUGUGCUGUGCGAACAAUGUCGGAAUCAUCAGGCAUCGAGGAUAGCCCUUCGCCCAGGCUAAAUUUGGGGCAACAUCCUGGUGUCAAAAAUGACCAGCAGUGA